AUGAGUCCGGAAGACGUUACGUUUGGGUUCGCCAAAUCAUGGACCGGCGUCGCAGGGUAUCUUGUCAUUGCCAAGAUCCUUCACGACAUGGUCCUGGCGGUCUACCGCAUCUGGUUCCACCCAUUGGCCAAGUUCCCAGGGUCGAAACUCGCCGUCGCGACGUACUGGCACGAAACGUACUACGACGUCUUCAAGGGCCACCAGUACAUAUGGAAGAUCCGGGAGAUGCACUCCAAGUAUGGCUCCGUGAUCCGCACGAACCCAGACGACGUGCACAUCCACGACCCAGACUUCUUUGACGAGCUGUACGGCCUCAAGCUGGACAAGUGGGCGUGGUGGACGCGGGGGUUCGCCGUGCCGACCGCCGGCGGUAUGACGGUCGAGCACGAGGUGCACCGGAAACGGCGUGGCGCGCUCAACCCGUUCUUCAGCAAGGGAAGCAUCGUCGCGAACAUGCCCGUCAUCCAGGACAAACUCGCCGUCAUGUGUGCGCGGCUGGACGAGAUUGCGAGAAACGGCCGUCGCGAGGUCCUCGAUCUGGAAGCCGUGUAUCUCGCGCUGACGACGGACGUGCUCACGCAGUGCAGCUACGGCUGGACGUACGACUACAUCCACAACCCGGAGUGGGCCAUGACUUGGAAACUCGUCAAUACCGGCGGCCGCGCGAGUGCGGCCAUUGUGCGCUCCUUUCCCCUCAUCGGCGCCAUCGUCCGGUCCAUGCCGCUGAGUGUCGCGAUCAGGCUGGUCCCGCCCGUCGGGUUCAUGAAGUCCUGGAUGCAGCGUGUCGGGAUCCAGGUCAAGAAGAUAAAGUCGGAUCCUGAGAUGAUGAAGAUGAUCCGCACGGAGAAGAGGCGCAAGGACACCAUAUUCGCCCAGAUCUUGAGCAGCGAUCUGCCCGAGGGCGAGCUGAGCGAUCAAAGGCUCAUUGACGAGGGCGUGUUGAUUGCGACCGCUGGGAGCGAGACGACGGCUUGGGCCAUCACCAUUACCACAUACCACGUCAUGAAGAAUCCGGAGGUGAGGGAGAGGCUGCGUGAAGAGUUGCGCGAGGUCGAAAUCCCAAAGGGCGACACGGUGGCGCCGUGGACCAACCUCGAGCAUCUGCCCUACCUUACCGCUGUGAUCAAAGAAGGCGUACGCAUGGCCGGCGGGAUGUUGUCGAGAUUACCCAGAAUCUGUGAAAAGGAUAUCGUGUACAAGGAGUGGGUGAUACCUGCGGGAACGCCGAUUGCCAUGACGCCGCAUCUUGUGCUCAUCGACGAGAAGGUGUUUCCCGAACCUAGAAAGUUCAUACCGGAGCGCUGGCUGGAUCAGGUGGAUGAAGGUAAGACCACGUCGAGACUGGACAAGUACAUUGUGGCAUUCGGAAAGGGAUCACGGAACUGCAUUGGAAUGCACCUUGCAUAUGCGCAGCUUUAUAUGAGCGUGGCGGCGAUGGUGCAGAGAUACGAUCUGGAGAUGUUUGAGACAGAUGAUAGUGAUGCGACACCGACGAGGGACUUGUUCACUGCCGGGGCCAAGUUGGACAGUCAGGGUAUCAGGGUUGUUGUGCAUGCAACGGAUGAAAAUGUGUAG